CGACUUGUCAUCCACUCGUGUCAGCGCAGCAGCCGCGAGUGUUCUGACAGCUUGCACGGAGGACGAGCGAGACGACGCGCCGUUUCUUUUUUUUCUUUCUCCUUUCGGUCGAUUCGCCCUCGGAUGGAUGUGAUAACGGAGCAGACGCUGUGUUCCGAGCGGAAUCCAUGUGGGAUGAAGAACUGAAGUUUCAAACCGCGCUUUGUGCCCAACAUGUCCAAACCCAUGGAUCACGUCAAGCGGCCGAUGAACGCCUUCAUGGUCUGGUCCAGAGCCCAGAGGCGGAAAAUGGCCCAGGAGAACCCCAAGAUGCACAACUCGGAGAUCAGCAAGCGCCUGGGCGCCGAGUGGAAACUUCUCACCGAGUCCGAGAAAAGGCCCUUCAUCGACGAGGCCAAGCGGCUGCGCGCCAUGCACAUGAAGGAGCACCCCGACUACAAGUACCGGCCCCGCAGGAAGCCCAAGACCCUGAUGAAGAAGGACAAGUUUUCCUUCCCCAUGCCCUACAACCUCGGGGAGCACGAGGCGCUCAAAGUCGGCGGCUCGCUCUCCGACUCGGUGAUGGGGAACCCGGACAAAGCGGCGGCGGCCGCGGCGGCGGCGGCGGCGCGGGUCUUCUUCAACCCGUCCAUGUCCACGAACCCUUACUCCUUUUUCGACCUGGGAUCCAAGAUGACGGAGCUUUCGCCCCACUCCUUCCCGUACGCGUCGCCGCUGGGCUACCCGCCCGCGGGGGCCACCGCCUUCUCCGGCACCGGCGCCGGGGCGCACACGCACACCCACACGCACCCGUCCCCGGGCAACCCGGGCUACAUGAUCCCGUGCAACUGUUCCGCCUGGCCCUCGGCGGGCCUGCAGCCGCCCCUCGCCUACAUCCUGCUGCCCGGGAUGGGCAAGCCGCAGCUGGAACCCUACCCCGCCUACGCGGCGGCCUUAUGAUAAGUGGACUCCUCCCGAGACAAUGUGAAAAAAGAGUUUUAUGAUGAUGCAUGCAGCAACAUGUGAAGAAGUGCUCGUCGUCUCACAUGUGUUUGUAUAUUGACUAAUGCCUUUGUCUAUAAGGUGCGAGGCCGUCUCCAGGAAAACGUCUCGUGAACACUGGUCUCCACCUGUUGGACUCGGAUUAUUCCCGCGCCUGUACAGUUUCAUUUAGUCCCUCUUUUCAAUAGAUGUCCUGAUGUACUAUUUAUUGUUUAGUGAGCUCCCGGACACUUUUGCACAAUAUGGGGUGUAGUUAAUGCCACAGUGUAUCCCUUGAUUUUGUUUUGUUUUUUUCCUCAGCAAGAAAAAAGAACAGAGACAUUUCUCGACUAACUCUGACUAAGGCAUUUGUAUGUUUUGUGUUAACCUGCGUUCUGUACUCCAGCCUACUGUUCUGACCUGUCCGGCAAUAAAGAGAAGCGUAUUCAGAUGAAUCUUGAUGUGCCGAGCAGGAUUGCGAUCGUUCCUCCUCGCGGCCGCAGGUGAGGUGUAAGGUGUCCUCUGAAGGCCGCUUUUGUCCGGCUCCUUGAGUGACGACCGCGGGGGCAGAUCCAGAUCAAGCCGCUGUAACCAAGACGCCGUUUAUCACUGUUUCAAUCGCGGAUUUUUUUUUUCUUCCCAGGAUCAAGAGAGACAGACCGCUCUCACAUCGGGUUGUGUGUUUGCGGCCAUUAGAUCCAUAGCGCGAGCGGCCUUCCUGGAUUACAGCGUGAGAUUAUGCAAAACUAAUUUGGACAGUCCAGGGAUAAUUACCUCCGUCACGCUUAAUUACACCCUUUCAGCGCUGGGCUCUGUGUUGUCACAGCCCUCCCUCUCCACGGAACUUCCCCGGUGGAGAAACAUGUCAAUCCCACUCUUAAAACCGAUUCCAGAGCUGAAAUGAAACACCUGAAAAGUUGCGUCACAAGAGCGGCGGCCAUCUUUCAUCCUUUCUUGCUUUCGUCCUUUCAGCCUGUGUCGCCCCCUUUUUUUCCGCCCCAACUCUGGGAGCGUUUAGACGGUCAAGGGCGUUUUGUCUGAGAACAAAACGAGGGUUGGGAGGUUUUGUGAGGGUGUUGUUUGUUGAAGUGGAGCUCAAAAAAAGCGGCCGCUUUCCCUCAUUGUGAUGAAAGCAAUCAGUGGUAUUUGGAAAACUGUUAGCAUUGUGCACUUCUUCUGUGUCCAUUGUGGAGGAUUUCUUUUCACAAGGCUUUUUUUUUUUUUCACCCGAUCCAGCUGGCCGGAGUGAAUAGCGGUGCAGUGUGUACACGCUUUGUCCCUGCGAGCCCUUCAAGUAGCCCACGGUGAAUGGAGUGAGUUGACACUGCAUGACAGUGAAACAACAUAAUAAAAAAUACAUGAGCCUAUGAAUGGAAGCAGGCGCAUAAAUAAAUAAAAUGGGUGGCCAAAACUGGAUAAACUGAAUGACAAAACGCUGAAAGAGCCACAAAAAAGAUAUUUAACACGCUGGAUUAGCAUGAGAAUGAGCAGAACAAUUGGUGAAUAGGUUUUACCGGCCAAGAAAGAGAUGGACUAAAUGCCUUUUGAAUAGAUGGCCUGUGUGUGUGUGUUUGAAAAGGUGGAAGAAACAAGUGGGAGAGUUUUGCUCAAUGGCAAAUCAAAUCUGUUUCCCAGGACACGAACGCACGGCGACGCUUCAUGGAUCUCGACGGCUUUGAUUGAAUUAUUACCGGGCGUCGCGUGUAUUUAUGAUGAUGCAGGAGCUGCUGGAGGUCUGCAGAGCGGCUUCGCUCCCGGUGGAUGUUUGGCUCUGAUGGAAGAGCUUCUGUGGCUGUGAUGAGCUCCGUGCUCAUGAGCCACUCGCCUCUUAUCUUUGUUGCAGAAAUAUGAGCUGCUCUGUUUCAAUUUGAAUCAUUAGCGUGAUGCAAUAAAGACCUUUUAAUAUAUUUCACAUGAAAUAUAGACUCAUUUUUUUAGUCAAAUUAAUGUGUGUAACCAUAAAUUCCUGCCAUGUUUCUUCAUUAAA